CUGGUAUCUGGUGACUCUGUGUUAAUUUCUCAGUGUUUCCUGUCAUGUGGCUCUAUAUUGCCAUUAACUUUUUGACAGUUCUACCACAAACGUGUGCCGCCGCAUUUUCACCUAUUCGCGCUCAUCAAUUAAUUUACAGCUAUGUGACUGACAUACAUAUACAUAUAUAAAAGUGAUUUUGAUUUGAUUUAAAUUUCGAAUCACAUUUAAAUUGCGCCGAUCAGAGCAACCACAGCGCAGAUUGCUCGUUGACGUCGCGCGAAAAAUGGCGGAAAAUCUAGCGAAAAUUGUCAAUAUAAUUGAAUCGAGUGUAAAUAAUAAUAAUGACGACGGCGUUGAGGACACAGCGACCGCGGAGUCCGCCGCUGAAUCGGCUGCAAUUAGCCCGCCAUCAGAAUCAAGAGGCUCACGCCCAACCACCGUCAGGAUAUCCACCGGUCAUUUGCCGUCGUAUCGUUUGCACGAUGUUGACGAGAUAUUGGCGCAUAAACCGACUUUUUCGGAGCGUUGCAUACGCUAUGUAAUGGUGUUGAUCUACUUAUGUGGUCUGUGCAGUUUGGGUUUUGUUCUAUCCAUUUAUCAUUUCUUCUUUUGGGACUCACGUAUGCCACCGUUGCAUAAGAGUAUGAUAAUGAAGAAACCACCAGGAUAUGGCUAAAUUUAGAAUUAUCGAAAAUAAAGUGUUAGCAAGUCAUCGGUGUGUGAGUGUGUGUGAUUAAAAAAACCAAUAUAUUCAAUGUAGUUUAUUAGAAAUAUAUUCUAAAAACUGUAACUGCUUCAACAAGUGGAAAAUAUUUAAAGUUUAUCCUGUAUAAAAGUUGACCAUACACCGUUGGACUUAAAAUAUG